AUGCCCCCGCGCAUCAUCCUGCUGGCUGGCGCGCCGUCGCCGUCUGUCUUGGACGAAGACAAGUGCACGGUGAAUUCCUUCCAAGAGCCCUUCCACGCCUUCAUCGACGCGGCCGAGACCCGCGGCGACAGCCACAGCAGCUCGUCGGCAAGCAUCGCCCCGUGGCGGUCGAUAUCGCUGCAUCCGAAGCCGCUUCACACGGGCUUCAGCCAAGCCCAUGACUCUCUCGGGAGAUUACUGCACGGCGGCCAUCAGCACGACGACUUCUUCUGCCCCCCUUCGCUCGCGUCAUCGUGCGACGGCGGCGAGACCGCCAGCCGUGUUGAUGAGGAUGACGUGCUCACCGAGUUUUGCGAGCAGUCACUCGCAAUCCACAACUCGCUGCCCUCCUCCCCGCUCGCCGAAGAAGAAGAGGACGAUACGGACACGUUCCUGGAGGGGGAGACCUCCUUCCUCUCCGCGUCUCCGCCGCCCGCCAGCGGACAGCAGCGCCCGCCCGCCCCUGCCGCCGUCCCGCCCGGGCACCUCUCCGACCUCGAGGACGUGCCCCCCGCCCGGCAGGUCGCCUCUCUGCACCCGCAGACCGUCACGGUCAACCUCAUCGCCGGCGUGCUGUCCGUCGCGCCGCCGCGCGCCGUGACCACCCGCUGGGGCGCGGCGCUCUCCCUCGUCGAGGUGCUGCUCGGCGACGACACGCGCUCCGGCUUCGCCGUCACCUUUUGGCUGCCGAGCGAUGCGGCGGGGACGGCGGGUGGGUUGCUGCUGAGCUUGCGGCGGCAGGACGUGGUGCUGCUGCAGAACGUGGCGCUGCAUGUGUUCCGCGGCAAGGUGUACGGGCAGAGCCUGCGACGCGGGAGGACAAAGGUGCACCUGCUCUGGAGCAGGAGGAGGGAGGCGAGGGCGUGCUAUAGUUCCAGGGCGCUGGCUGCGGCGGAUGCCAGGGAGAAUCCGCAGCUGGUGAAGACGAGGCUGGUGCGGGAUUGGAUUUUACAGUUCGUCGGCGCUGAUCCUGCGGUCAAAGGACCGAGUCACCAGAACGUCUGGGAUCGACCACCUCGAGACACUCAAUAA